UUUCAUCAGCUGAUUGUUACAGGUGUUGUCAGUGGAGGUCACACUAUUGACCAUCAUCAUUUCUGUGACCCUUUUACGUUUUCAGGGAUUGGUCGACGACGGACAACAGCGGGGAGGAGGAACAUUCCAGAUGAUGGCAGAACACGGUGACCCUUGUAGUGAGCUGGAGGCAACCUUUUGUAUGAACGGCGGGACAUGCUAUAGAAUACCCUCGAUGGACACACUCACCUGUGUGUGCAGUGAAAACUACAAGGGCAGCAGGUGUGAGCAGUUCCAGCUCUUCAGCAGCUCCAGCAACGCAGGGCACGCUGGGUUUAUUGCUGCCAUGGUCAUUGUUGCCAUACUCAUUUUAGUAGGAGUGGCAGUUGUUAUUUACCAUAUAUGCAAGGCGAGGAGAUCCAGGUCACAGAGCCAACAGGGCAGUCAGCAACAAUACUGGAAAGUAAAACCAAGAGUAUGA